GCUCCGCCCACCCAGCCCGCCUCCGGCAGACGCCGGCCUCGCCGACGGAUUUCCAGACACCCAACGAGUCAGAGGUCCGGGGAGUUUAUGAAGCUCACUGUUAAGUUCAGCCUCCCGUCGCCCAAAAAGUCAGCCUCCGAUAGAUAACAAUGAGCACACCCGAGUCGCUGGAUCGAAUGGAACUCUGUGAAAGCCUUUUAACGUGGAUCCAGACGUUUGAAGUUGAGGCUCCUUGUAAAAGGGUGGAGGACCUGACCAAUGGUGCCGUCAUGGCCCAAGUUCUUCAGAAAAUAGAUGGGGGGUAUUUUAGCGAUGCUUGGAUUAGCAGAAUCAAACCAGAGGUCGGGGACAACUGGAGAUUAAAGGUCAGCAAUCUUAAAAAAAUCUUAACAGGCAUUCUAGACUAUUACCAGGAGGUCCUGGGGCAGCAGAUUAAUGACUUCACACUGCCAGAUGUGAAUCUGAUUGGAGAACACUCCGAUGCAGCAGAACUUGGGAGAAUGUUACAACUUAUCUUAGGAUGUGCUGUUAACUGUGAGCAGAAACAAGAAUACAUUCAAACCAUCAUGGUAAUGGAGGAAUCAGUGCAGCAUGUUGUCAUGACAGCCAUCCAGGAGCUCAUGAGUAAAGAGACUCCGGUCACCACAGGAAAUGACUCUUACUUGGAUCUAGACAGACAGCUGAAAAAGACGGUCGAGGAGCUGAACGAUGUUUUGGCAACCAAAGAAGAGAUCGCCCAGAGGUGUCGAGAGCUCGACAUGCAGGCUCUCCUUGUCCAAGAAGAGCGUGAUAGACUGAGGUUAGAGUAUAAUGAGCUAGAAGAAAGGGUGGCCGCUCUGCAAGAGGAGAAGAGCAGCCUCUUAGCAGAAAACCAGGUCCUGAUGGAGAGACUUAACCAGUCCGACUCCAUCGAAGACGUCAACAGCCCCGCUGGACGCAGACACCUCCAGCUGCAGACACAGCUGGAGCAGCUCCAGGAGGAAACUUUCAGGUUGGAGGCCGCUAAAGACGAUUACAGGAUUCGCUGUGAGGAGCUUGAAAAAGAGCUUCUGGAUGUUAAAGCCCAGAACGAGGAGCUUACAUCUCUGGCCGAUGAAGCCCAGUCUCUGAAGGAUGAGAUGGACGUCCUCAGGCAUUCGUCUGACAAAGUGUCCAAACUGGAGGGAACGGUGGAACACUACAAGAAAAAGCUGGAAGACAUGGGGCUCCUUAGGAGACAGAUUAAGCUGAUGGAGGAGAAGAACACAGUACUAAUGCAAACCAACGUCAGCCUCGAAGAAGAGCUUCGAAAGGCCAAUGCCGCCAAGGGCCAGCUGGAGACCUACAAGAGACAGGUGGUGGAGCUGCAGAACAGACUGUCGGAAGAGUCUAAAAAAGCCGACAAGAUGGAGUUUGAGUACAAACGCGUGAAAGAGAAAGUGGAUUCUCUACAAAAGGAAAAGGAUCGCAUGAGAACUGAGAGGGACUCCCUUAAAGAGACGAUCGAGGAGCUGCGGUGUGUUCAAGCUCAAGAGGGGCAGCUCACAUCAGGUCUGUUCCCAUUGGUCAGCAAUACUGGUUCUGAUUCCCUGGCUGCUGAGAUCACCACUCCAGAGAUGCGAGAACACAUGAUCCGUCUUCAGCACGAGAACAAAAUGCUGAAGCUGGCUCAGGAGGGAUCCGACAACGAGAAGAUCGCGCUGCUGCAGAGUCUGCUGGAAGACGCCAACAGACGGAAAAAUGAGCUGGAAACGGAGAACCGGUUGAUCAAUCAGCGGCUGAUGGAGGAGCAGAGCCAAGUAGAAGAACUUCAGAAGACGGUUCAGGAACAGGGUUUAAAGGCGGAUGAUUCUUCUGUCCUGAAAAAGAGAAAUGAUGAGCACAUGGAAAAACUACGUGAACUAAACAACGAGUUACUGAAGAAAAACGCCUGUAUUGAUGAGAUGGAGUUGAAGUGCAAUUCCAGCUCUCAACGUGUGGACGAGCUGGAAGAGGCCUUGAAAAAGAAAGAUGACGAGAUGAAACAGAUGGAGGAAAGAUACAAGAAAUACCUCGAAAAAGCCAAGAGUGUGAUCCGGACACUUGAUCCUAAGCAGAACCAAGGUUCUGGCCCGGAAGUGCAGGCACUCAAAAACCAGCUACAGGAGAAGGAGAGGAUGUUGCAUUCACUGGAGAAAGAAAUGGACAAAACGAAAAGUCAGAGAGACCACGAGGAGAAGCUGAUCGUUUCUGCCUGGUACAACAUGGGCAUGAGCAUGCAGAAGAAGGCGGCUGAAGACAGACUAGCCAGCACCGGUUCUGGUCAGUCUUUCCUGGCCCGGCAGAGACAGGCCACCAGCACACGCCGCUCUUAUCCAGGCCACGUCCAGCCCACUACCGCAAGCAAUGUCACUGCAUGACCGACACCUCAGUGAUCUGCACAAGCCUGGUUUGGCUUAACCUUCCUGUGACUCACUGGGCUCUGGCCUUGCAUGAUCUGCCUGCCUACCUGCCUGUCUGCGUACUGUCUGCAUGAUCCCUGCAUUGCCUCAAGCCUUCAAGUAACCAGCAGCAGCACUAACCUCCUUCCUCUGCAGUGUUGUUUACAUUAACCCUGACCUAGCCUAAAGACGGAUGGGCGGCGCUGGGAGACCUCCCUCUUCCUCCCGACGGUUCCUCCGUCAGCAUUCGGGCUAGUAACCGCUCAUCCUAAAGCUCUCCAGUUACAGCCUCCCCUCUCACUCUCCAAGGAUUCGCUUGCUUGUUACAGCGAGGAGUUCUGUUACAUCCACAGGGAAGGGGAGGUUUCCGCGGCGACGUCUUGCCCUCCAUCAACCCCCGUCAUUUAACACGCUUUUUACGCAAGUAUUUGCGGUGGAUUUAGCUGUCAGCCGCAUUCAGACACUUCAGUGACACGUUUUCCACAAAUCAGCGUCAAUUCGGCCGGACGAACAAGUUACUGUAACUCUGAAAAACACGUCUGCUGACAGUCUUAAGUGUGUCAAACCUUUAUUUAUCUUCUGGCUAGAACAGCUUUAAUUAUUAUUAUUUUUUAAACCAAAUAUAUUGAUUUACAGAAGCUUUAGACGACCGGAGAGUUCGUGUGGUUUGACUGUUGGUUUGUGCGCAGUUUUGCAGUGGAAACAUUCAGCAGCAAAAACAAGUGUUUUAUGUGGACAGCAAUGUUACAAACGUGUUUUUAUUAUCACAUCAUAGAUUAAAAAAAACCCUCCUUAAGCCCACCAGUUUGCCUCAGAUAGCUUGUCUCUUUAAAAAUACAUAUUUUUUAAAGGUAAAAUGUGUUAAUGAAUCGAUUAAAAAUGUUUUGGAUGCAGUUCUUGAAUUUCCAGACGGAUGGUUUUGGUGGCAAAUUUAAGACAAAAAAACACUUUUUUUUUACUGAUAUAUAUUUUCUUUCUGUAUAGGAAGAAAACUAACACAAAUAAUCACAUUUUAAGUCAGGGGAUUGUAACACAAACGACUAUAAAUCAAAUAAAUAAUCCUAAAUUGUCCCUGCACUGUUAAAUUGAAUGACGACACUUAAUUUCUACGACCACAAAGUGCAAAGAAGGGAAAAGAAAUCCUCCCACUAGAACGUCACAUGGUAACAGUAAUGGAUUGGUAACAAUAAGGAUUUUAUUUGCUUUCAAAUAAAAAAGACAAAAUAAUCCAAAUUUAUAUUUGAAGUUUUAUGAUCUAGAAUAAUUUGGCUGUUUUUAAACAGCUUUGAGUAUUUCAGUUUUAUUGCCUGAAUGUGUUUUUGAAUGAGGCACAAAAACGGUGGAAAUGGCUUGAAUCUUUAAUAUGAGAGAGAUGAAAAAUCCUCCAAUGAAUUUCCUUUUUUUUACCAUUUUUAAAAAAUAAGUUCACCUUUUUAAUCGAUUCUGUGAAGUGAAUAACUAGAAGGCGGGCUUAAUGAGGGCUGGUCUUAACCCCAUUUUACUCUAUUUUUGUUUAUAUAACCUCACUUUAACUCCCGCCAUUCGUUUUUUCUCGAUGGCUUAUUUAUUCUUUCACCAUGUGUACAGCAGUGUUACUAUACUUUUUGUGUCAGUAGUAUUAUAUCAGCUAAAACUGUUACAAAAAGAUCAAAAUAACUUAUGCAACAAAUGGAGAAGCGUCGGUCUCAGAGUGCAAUGUUUAAGAGAUGAAUUUCUUUGUACAGAUUGUCAUAAAGAAUUCUUUUCAGCAGAAAAAGAAGGAUUUUAAUUCAUCAUUUGAAGUAUCCAUUAAUUAAAAGGUCAUUAUAUGUUGGGAUCAUCAAAAAAGCCCUUUGGUUCAAACUUGCUUUUAUUUUGAAGGGUUAUUGACGGAACAAAUUGGUCUUAAAAUAAAUAUAUUUUUUACAAAAAAAAACUUGGUAAAGGAAAGACUUUUUUUUUUUCCUUUUGUUUCCUCCUGUGUGUCUGCUCUGUAAAAGACCCUCCAUUGCCCUUCACGAGGUAUUUGAGUUUCCCAGAAUGCUCUUAACCGUCCUUCCUCCCAAGUUUGGUUAGUUACGAAUUCUGUUUUGUGAAGUGGAACUUAUCAAAGUUUUGCUGAACCUUCCUUCUGAGAUUAUAUUAUCAGGGAUGCAGAGAAGAAUGUUUUUCCUUUUUAAACGUUUCCCCUAAAGAGAAUGUCACAUCAAAAUCAACCCUGCAGUGUUUUUUGUUUGUUUGUAUUGCCUUUUUAGGGUCUGUUACCUCCAUAUUACCAGAUUUCCCAACUCUCUCUGUGUGGCCAGUGUUCCUCUGUACCAACUUCUUGGCAAUAAACAAGGACAAAGUGCAUUUUUAAUGCACGCUUCUUGAAAAUCCGACCGAAUUUAAAACAGAAGUGGUCAUUCUUGCACACUUUGUAUUUGGUUUUAUACAUAUUUUUUAUUUUACAUACUUUAAAGUUGAAAAGCAAUUCCCAGUAUUUCAUAGUGGCUUUUCUUCUGGCUGAGUCAUAAAAUGUUCAAAACACAGCGACAUGAGAUUUUAAAAGGAAAAAAAAAAGUAGCGUCAGCUAAAACUUUUAUUUUGAAAAUAAUUAAAAAGAAAAAUAUUUCUUUACAUCCUAAAGUAGCCAGUAAUCCUCCAUUUGCCAACUUUUCUAUUACUUGUGUGCAAGGAAUUUGUACAUAUUGUAUGUCAUGGUCCAGGAAGUGUGUAAGAAUGAGGGCAAAACCAUAUCUAGUUAGAGGGAUUUCAUUUUGCAUCUGUACAGUAGUGAAGACUUAUUGAUGGAAAUGUGCUUCCUACACCAUGAAACCUGGAAACAUUGUAAAUAAAGCUUGUAUAAAACAAAAA